AUAAAAAUGAAUGCGGGAGAAAAGAGUAAAUGAGGGAUCAGCUCAAUGAGAGGAUUAUCUGCAACCUGGUUUAUUAGUCUCCACCUUGGAAUAGGUCACGCAAUUGAGUGUGAUUUGGACCAAUACAAAUGCAGAAAUGAAAACGCCGACAUACUUGCAAUAAAUGAGUGGAAUAGAGAAGCUGCCAACUGCAUUCCGAUGAGAAAAAGAUGUGAUGGAAGGCAUGAUUGUCAGGACGGCUCUGAUGAAUUUGAAUGUAAAUUCUUGGAACAGGAGCAAGGACGACAUUUCUUGUGUUUUGAGGGAUUCAAUAAUAACUUGAGGUCUACUGACUGUAUAGAUAAAGACAGAAGAAAUGGUAAUGGUGAGAAGAAGUGGUCUGUAUCUGAGAGUCCGGAGUGGGUCUGCGCUAAAUUCAAAUUCACAAAUGGGACAGUUCUCAGAGCUUGUGAGAAAACCUAUACAGGGGGAGAGAAGUUCUCAGUCUGCUUCUGGAGCAGUAAGAGCGGAACCAAAUGUAUUUGUUCCUCACAGCUUUGCAACAGUUCUCGGUCACUUCAGUUCUUCGAGUUCUUCUCUUUUAUAUAUAUUCUAAUCAUUUAUAUUUUAAACAGUUAACAAGCCCACCCUCAACCAAGGUUAUAAUGCAA